CUGGCACGAGCCAGAUAGGGGUGGGAUUGGGAGGGGAGAGUGAUGAGGAGCAGAGAGCAAAACUGGAGGAUUCUGAGGCUAAAAGUAGGAAGGGGCUGCUGACCAGAAAGCCUCCCAGAGGAGACUAGUCAAGGCCAGUCCUUAGUUCCUGCUCCUCAAGCCCCCAAUUCCCAUGGCUUGACCUAAGAGACCCCCUUCCCUGGAGUCAUUUAACAUAUUAACCCACCUGCCGUCUGCCCAGCAUGUGUUAGGUACAGGAGGAAGGGGAGAUGUGCCUAGGGCAGGAAAAUUCUCACGAGAAAAUGCAGCCCAGUGAGCCAAGAGGUGCAGUUACAGCUGCACCUCUUCCCUGAUUCUCUCCAUGCUUCCCUUCCGGGAGGAUCUGGAAGAUGGGGAAUUCCUGAGGAUGGCCUGAAGGGGCUUGGUUCCCUGGGGAAAUGGUGGGACUACCAGGAACUGACUUGGUCACCUAGUCCAUACUAAAUAACCUUUCCCAGGAAGAGAUCUUUAGGCUGCUGGACUAGGGCACUAACCCAGGAGGGGAAACUGAGACAAGCCUCCCCUCCCAUGUGGGUCAUUGCAACAUGAGACCUAGGGGAACCCAGACGUCAGCCCCAGCUCCGCCUACUGUUUCUGGGUGCUAAUCUCCAGCACAGACCACUCAGAAGGGAUUGGCUGAGGAGCUUGGUGAAGGGGCGUCGCCACCGCCUCAAGGGUUAAAUAGGGGUUCAGACAUGCAGGCAAGGUGCUCCAGAGAAGUGCUCUCUUUAGCAGGCUCUCUGAACCAGGCCAUGACCCAGACCCUCAAGCUCCUUUCCAGAGUUUUCCAUCAUGUACGCUGGGCUCCUGAACUGGGAACCUCACUGGGCUCCCAAGGCUCCAACUCAGCACCCCGGAGUUUAACAGACAUCCCAGGCCCCUCCACGCCCAGAUUCCUGGCCGAACUUUUCUGCAAGGGGGGACUGUCGAGGCUACAUGAGCUGCAGGUGCAGGGCGCCGCGCGCUUCGGCCCUGUGUGGUUGGCCAGCUUCGGGAGGGUUCGCACAGUGUAUGUGGCCGCCCCUACACUCGUCGAGCAGCUGCUGCGGCAGGAGGGGCCCCGGCCCGAGCGCUGCAGCUUCUCGCCCUGGGCUGAGCACCGUCGCCGCCACCAGCGGGCUUGUGGACUGCUCACCGCGGAAGGUGAGGAAUGGCAGAAGCUCCGCAGUCUCCUGGCCCCGCUCCUCCUCCGGCCUCAAGCGGCCGCCGGCUAUGCUGCGACCCUGGACAACGUAGUCCGGGACCUUGUGCGGCGACUGAGGCGCCAGCGGGGACGUGGCACCGGGCCACCCGCGCUGGUUCGGGACGUGGCGGGAGAGUUUUACAAGUUUGGAUUAGAAAGCAUAGCCGCCGUGCUGCUGGGUUCGCGUCUGGGAUGCUUGGAGGCCGAAGUGCCACCCGACACAGAGACCUUCAUCCGAGCCGUGGGCUCGGUGUUUGUGUCCACGCUGUUGACCAUGGCGAUGCCCAACUGGCUACACCGCCUUGUGCCCGGGCCCUGGGUCCGCCUCUGCCGAGACUGGGACCAGAUGUUUGCAUUUGCCCAGCAGCACGUGGAGAGGCGAGAGGCCGAGGUAGCCAUGAGAAACCGGGGAAAGCCUGAGAAGGACAUGGAAUCUGGGGUGCACCUGACCUACUUCCUGUUCCGGGAACAGCUGACUGCCCAGUCCAUCCUGGGGAAUGUGACAGAGCUGCUACUGGCUGGAGUGGACACGGUGUCCAACACGCUCUCCUGGACUCUGUAUGAGCUCUCCCGGCAUCCUGAAGUCCAGACGGCACUCUACUCCGAGAUCACAGCUGCCCUGGGCCCUGGUUCCUGUGUACACCCCCCAGCCUCUGCUCUGUCCCAGCUGCCCCUGCUGAAGGCUGUGGUCAAGGAAGUGCUAAGACUGUACCCUGUGGUACCUGGAAAUUCCCGUGUCCCAGACAAAGACAUUCAUGUGGGUGACUAUAUUAUCCCCCAAAAUACGCUGGUCACUCUGUGUCACUAUGCCACAUCAAGGGACCCUGCCCAGUUCCCAGAGCCAAAUUCUUUUCGUCCAGCUCGCUGGCUGGGGGAGGGUCCAGCACCCCACCCAUUUGCAUCUCUUCCCUUUGGCUUUGGCAAGCGCAGCUGCAUGGGGAGACGCCUGGCAGAGCUUGAACUGCAAAUGGCUUUGGCCCAGAUCUUGACCCAUUUUGAGGUGCAGCCUGAACCAGGUGCUGCCCCAGUCAGACCCAUGACCCGGACUGUCCUGGUACCUGAGAGGAGCAUCAACCUACAGUUUGUGGACAGAUAGUCAUGUGGAAGGAGGCUGUUAUUAUUACCCUUUCUCUCAUUGUAGGAGUUUAUUAGGCACAAGAUCAAAAGAUACAUCUACUCUGAGGCCUAUCUGGCCAAACUGGACAGGAUGACCAUAGCAAAGUGCUUGAGGCAGCCUGACAAAUGUUUGAAGUAUGCACUUAGCCUGACUCUAUAGGCCCCGAUUGAACCAUGGUCCCGCCACCUGCUCAGCCCUGCUCCUGGUCAUAUACACAUUCUUCAAAGGUCAGCUCAGAUUUUAACUAACAAUGCUGGGGGGGCUGAGGAAAGACUCAACCACUGCUUCCUCAGUGUUCAUUGAUGCUGCUGGCUAAGCAUUUACCAUGGGAUGAGCUAAGUAAUGGUGCAUCUGGUCUACACCUGGUUGGUCCUUCCUCUUUGCAUGUGAGCUCUUUGAGAGGAAUGAUGAGGCCCUAUUUGGUCUUUAUAUUCCCUGCCAAGGCCUAUCCCUGAGUAGGUGAAACCAUACACAUUCUCAGAUUGAAUCCAGACCAUGUGGCAGAAAGGAUAAGCAGUUUACCAGGCUCCAUCUACCCCCUUCCUUCUUCAUCUUGCCCCUAGAAAGGUGAAUCUGCCCUAGCCUGGUUUAUGAUUUUUUCUUCCUCUCUCUUUUGCUCAGACUUUUCUGAGGGAUGGUUUAUGAUUUUUUAAAAACUCUUCUUGGUUCUCUGGUCACUAUUAAGUGGAUUUGUCUCACCACUUAGUUCUCAGGCAGAGACAUCUUUGGGACUGCCCCUGUCCAGGCCUCUGCCUUCAUUUUGAUAUAGAAAUUUAAAAAUAUUUAGGUUUAGGGCCAGCCCGUGGCUCACUCGGGAGAGUGCGGUGCUGAUAAUACCAAGGCCACGGGUUCGGAUCCUACAUAGGGAUGGCCAGUUAGCUCACUGGCUGAGCGUGGUGCUGACAACACCAAG